GCCGGAGCGGGCCCGCCGCGGGUCGGGCCGGGUGGCGUAGAGGCUGCUGUCGGCUGCCGUCGGCUGCCCGAUGCUUCCGGCCCGGCGGCGGAGGCGGCGGGCCGGGCGGGACGCUUAGUGGCCGGCUGGGACCCCCCCGGGGGUGGGAGCGGCCUCCGGCCCCGCGGAGACGGAGCGGCUCGAGGACGAGGCGGCGGCGGGCAGGAGGAUGGGGGCGAACCAGUUAGUGGUGCUCAACGUGUACGACAUGUACUGGAUGAACGAAUACACCUCAUCCAUUGGAAUUGGAGUUUUUCAUUCAGGAAUUGAAGUAUAUGGCAGAGAAUUUGCUUAUGGUGGCCAUCCUUACCCCUUUUCUGGAAUAUUUGAAAUUUCCCCAGGAAAUGCUUCUGAACUAGGAGAAACAUUUAAAUUUAAAGAAGCUGUUGUUUUAGGGAGUACUGACUUCCUAGAAGAUGAUGUAGAAAAAAUUGUAGAAGAACUGGGGAAAGAAUACAAGGGCAAUGCCUAUCAUUUGAUGCAUAAAAACUGCAAUCACUUUUCUUCAGCUUUAUCAGAGAUUCUUUGUGGGAAGGAGAUUCCUCGCUGGAUCAAUCGACUGGCCUACUUCAGCUCCUGUAUCCCCUUCCUGCAGAGCUGCCUGCCGAAGGAGUGGCUCACUCCUGCCGCCCUGCAGUCCAGCGUCAGCCAGGAGCUCCAGGACGAGCUGCAGGAAGCGGACGAAGCUGCCGCGUCCCCUCCCGUGGCGAGCGCUGCAGCGGGCCCCAGACCCGGGCGCCACACUAAACUAUAAGUGUCGCCUCAGCCCCACAUCCAGAACUGUCUCAGGCAGUUGAAUAUCACUAGAGAAAAGGAAACAGAGUAAGCGUCCUUUGGGUAUUUUGUAUGCAACGAUGGCUCUCCCCCAGAUCCCAGUUUUUUCAGCUCAGGAUUAUAUUUAUAAUCAAAAAAAUCACUUGGCACAGGAGGGAGGACUUUGUAUGAAGCUGCCCUCUGUUUUUUUUAACCCACUUGUAAAUCUGGAUCUACUUCUGUUUUAUACAAGCUCUGUUAAGUUACGUUUACAGUAUUUUGUAUCACUGUUUACAAAUCUUGCAUGGACUCCUGCCACGGUGAAAGAAGAAAAUCUUCCUAUCUUCAGAAAUGAGGCAGGCAAUCUUUGUAUACUUCUGACAAUUGCCAGAGCUGUGGCAUAAAUAAUAGGCACACAAAAAGGUUCUUAGACAGUUGUGGUCAUCACCUGCUUACGAAUUGUCUUUUGGACCUGCUUUUUUCUUAAUGUUGUCGGCACCAGGAUGCAGAGAACCAAACCACCUUACGGGGAAGGUGCACACGCAGCCAAAGGGCUGGGGACCAUGGGGCCAGCUCCUCCUCGCGCUGGCACUCUGAGUAGCACGUCUCCCGAGGUGCCCAUAGGGCGGUUGGUUUCAUCCCAAAUAUCCGUCCACCUGGGCAGGCUGGUACAUUCUUAUGUGUCUGGCUUUGAGUCAAAAGAUCCUAUAAUUAAGAUGUUUUUCGUUAAAGAUAUUCUCAUUCGUAACUGACAAAUAUUUUUGCACAUGUGUUGGGGGAGGGGCUUCAUUUUUAUUUUCCUACAUCUUGGUUCUUUCGAUGGAGAGGGAAUGCUGGAAGCAGUAGCCUUCUGAGUACGGUAUGAGUUGACAUGUUAACUGCUUUUAACCGUUCAGGCUAUCUUUUAUACCAGACCUUGAAAACUAGAGUCUAAGGUAACACACCUCAAAAAGGUAACUCUUUGAUAUUUCAUACCUUUUAAUGUACCGUAUCAGAAAGUAUGUUGGAGUUUGUUAGUUUGUUAUGGGAGUAGUUUCACCCCAUAAUAGAAUGCCUAGGCUCAUUGACCUCUUGUUGAAAAAUCGUACUUGUGUGUCUUAAAAUUCAUCUUUUUAUGUUCUCUCAAAUGUAUGUCUCUUAUGUAACAUACUCUACAAAUGAAAUUGUCACCACAGAUAAAUCCUCAUUAGCAAGGAAUCUGUCUGCUCAGAUCUACUCCCAGUUUGGCCCUUGGAUGUAAGAACCAAGUUGUUACACGUCCAGUUCAAUUCUUCUGCCUUAAGAAUGAAUGUCCUACAUAAAAAUAUUAGAUGCAGUAUAUGAAUUAUCCAAGGCAGUGACUUCAGCUUUAUAUAUACUUGUUAGUUUUAAAGUUAUUUAUGCUUAUUUGAACUUUUAGAUUGGAUUGUUUGCUAUUGCUCUGUGUAAAGAUACACAUUUUCCACUAAACUACAUUUUUAACUUUUCCAUGAGCUGAUUUGGAUUCACUUGGUCAAUUUAAGCACACCCUGUGCAUAGGGAAAAUAAGCCUUGGGUUAUAAGCUUAGGCCUGUGGAAAAUGAAGCCACUUAGUCUAAUUUGUGCUUUUGACUGUUCUAUGUCCAGAGAGGAAAACCUUUACAGAUUACUGUCAGUUCUUUAGGGGGCAGAGCACUGUUUCAACAGAUGUAACGGAGAGAAGAAAGGAAUACACGAUCCUUAUGAAAUGUUGACUUGGUUCAGGUCUAAAGAUGAGAUUCGGGACAAAACACUAAGGCUGUAGCCGUGAGUUGUUCACUAAAAGAAGGGUCCCAUCACCACCACCCAGGUACUAGGAAGUGUUUGAUUCAGUUUACCUGGAAUUUUUUGUAAUAAUGUGGUGGAUUACAGGGGUUUUUUUGUUUGUUUGUUUUUAUAUUUAUUUAUUACAAAUAUUCGGGAGAUACAGAGCUGAUUGUCCCCCCUCCUGCCCAUGGUGUGAGGGCCAGAUUCAUACUGGGGGUAUAUCCAUUACCAGGAACUACUUUUGUACCCUUUGUCCCCUCCCAAUUAUCCCCCAACUUCCCCCCCCUUCCCCCUCUUCCCUCAACUCCAAUUUGUAGCCCUAGGAAUGUUCUCUCCCUCUGUUGGAUCACAGCACUACUGUGGUCUUUCUUUCCUGCCUUCCUUUCUCUCUUAGCUCCCACAUAUGAGUGAGCACAUGCGGCAUUUAUCCCUCUGUGCUUUGCUUGUUUCACUCAACAGAAGUUUCUCCAGGUUCAUCCAUGUUGUUGCAGAUGGGAGUAUUCAUUCUUUUUCAUGGCAGAGUAGUAUUCCGUGGUGUAUGUAUACCACAGUUUCCUUAUCCACUCAUCUAUUAAUGGACAUUUAGGUUGGUUCUGUAUCUUGGCUAUUGUACACAGAGCUGCAGUAAACAUGGGAGUGCAGGUAUCUCUUCGACAUGAUGAUUUCCAUUCCUCUGGGUAUAUACCCAGAAGAGGGAUUGCUGGAUCAUAUGGAAGAUCUCUCUGUAGUUGUCUGAGAAACCUCCAAAGUGGUUGCACUAAUUUACAGUCCCACCAACAGUGCAGUAGUGUUCCCUUCUCUCCACACCCUCGCCAGCAUUUUUUAUUCAUCCUCUUUUUGUUUUUUUGGUUUUUUUUUCUUUUUUUCUUUUUCGUGACCUGCACUCAGCCAGUGAGUGCACCAGCCAUUCCCAUAUAGGAUCUGAACCCGCGGCGGGAGUGUCGCCGCGCUCCCAGCGCCGCACUCUCCCGAGUGCGCCACGGGCUCGGCCCAUUCACCCUCUUUUUGAUCAUAGCCAGUCUAACUGGAGUGAGGUGGUAUCUCAUUGUGGUUUUGAUUUGCAUUUCCCUGAUGACUAGUGAUGGUGAGCAUUUUUUCAUGUAUCUAUUGGCCAUUUGUAUGUCUUCCUUUGAAAAAUGUCUAUUCAGCUCCUUUGCCCAUUUUUUUUAAUUGGGUAAUUUAUUAUUUUUUACUGUAUAAUUGCUUGAGUUCUAUGUAUAUUCUCAAUUAUUAGUCCCUUGUCAGAUGCGUAGUUAGCAAAAAUUUUCUCCCACUCUGUAGAUUGUCUUUUCACUCUGUUGAUUGCUUCCUUUGCUGUGCAGAACCUUUUUAGUUUGAUAUAGUCCCAUUUGUUUUUGGUUUUGUUUUGUUUUGUUUUUCGCUGCUUGUGCUUUCGGGCUCAUGUUCAAAAAGCCUGUGCCCUGAUGUAACUGCUGAAGUGUUUCACCUAUGUUUUCCCUUAGUAAUUUUACAGUUUCGGGUCUUAUACCUAGGUCUUUAAUUCAUUUUGAGUUGAUUUUAGUGUAUGGUGAGAGAUGCAUAUCUAGUUUCAUUCAUGGAUGUCCAGUUUUCCCAGCACCACUUGCUGAAGAGGCAAUCUUUUCCCCAAUGUAGAUUUUUGUUGCCUUUGUCUAAUAUCAGAUGGCUAUAAGCCUGAGGCGUGAUUUCUGGGUUCUCUGUUCUACUCCACUGGUCUGAAUGUCUAUUUUUAUAGCACUACCGUGCUAUUUUGGUUACAACAGCUUUGUAGUAUAAUUUGAAGUCAGACAGAGUUAUGCCUCUGGCUUUGUGGGGUUUUUUUUUUUUGGUCAGGAUUGCUUUGGCUAUUUCGGGGUCUUUUAUUUUUCCAUAUGAAAGGUAAGAUUGUUUUUUCCAUUUCUGUGAAGAAUGUCCUUGGUAUUUUGAUGGUGAUUGCAUUGAAUCUGUAGAUCACUUUAUAGUGUAGACAUUUUCACAAUGGAUUACAGUUUUUUAAAUCCAUUCCAGUACACAUGAUUUAAAUGUGGGCUAUGGACACAGAGGAAUAGUCAUUAGUUAGACACUUCUUGGUGAAUAACCAGGAACAUCCCAUCUGUGCUUAUCCAGAAUCCAGCAACUCAGCACACAAAUGGUUUUAUUAUUUUGUUAUAUUUACUUUCAUCUGCAGCAUCUGGAACUUUAAAAUAGUGUAAGGUGUCCUAGUAGAAAUAAAUAGUGGCCCAAGGCCAAUUGUCAUGUUAACGAUCAGCAGAUAAAAUUCAAUAAAAUUCUGGACAGGAUUCCUUGCAUUCUAAUUGUAUCUAGGGCUGAGAAAUAAAGAAGUGUCUUUAGAAAAUCUCAUUCAAGUCAGGUCCUUCUCUACAGUUCAGAAUUGAGAAAGGAUUUAAGCAGUUUUUCCUUGCCCUUGGAGGAAAUGAAUCUUGUCUUCAACCUCAUCUCUGUUAAGAAAAAUUCUUUAUAAAAACCCUGGUCAUUAACAUAACAUGUGAUACAAUGGAGUCAGAUAUUCUCUUUGUUGUUACGACCAAGUGAAAUAUUUUUUUCUUGGUGGGUUGGACAGUAAUCUAGUGUGAGAGGGUCAUAAGCUUCUGGGUUUUGCUGUUUGUUUUAAAUACCCUUGGGUUUUUUUUAACCCUAAGAAGGGGCAUCAGCUUUGGAAAGUGUGACUUGUGGGACUGUAGACGGCUGUGGUACGAUGUUGGAGAGCCUCCAUGUGAUGCCUGGACUCCAGCCAGCUAUCGCCCUGACCCCCAGCAAUAGUGCAAGUUACCCAUCACCAGCAUUUAUACAGAGCAGGGAAUUCUGGUUUUAGUCAAUUGAUAGUACUGUGUGUAUGAGGAGAUUCAGCACCACAGACAGCUGCAGGACUCUAUAUCCAUGUCUUUUUUCUAUCAUGAGACGGGUAGAAACACAAUCACUGCUUCUAAUCUGUGUGACUUCUUAUGGCUCCAUUUCUGUAAGAUACUGUAAUUUUGUUUUUGUUUUUUUUUAUGGAUGAUCGAUUGAUUUAUAUAAAAGUGAAAAACAUAAUACAAAAUUAAAUAAAAAAGAAAAAAUAAUAAGAUUUUAAAAAACCUUAGUAGGUCUGUCCUCUAGACUUAUUCGAGUUGGUUCUUCCUCAGACAAUAAACUGGCUGUGACUUGUGUUUCCUCACCAGUAUGAGAAGAUGUCUCUCCAUCUGUUUUGUCAGAGGUGUUUAAGCACUGUACAUCCCUCCUGAUUUCAUCCACACAGCUGUAUGCCAGUUUACUGCUCAGGGCUGCCCGUCAGUGUGAAUGUGGGUCAGGAAUUGAAAAGUUCUUUGUUGCUGCUUGGUACAAUCCUCUUGAUGCUGUUCUGGCCAAGUUAUUUCCUGCCUGCAUUACAACAAAAUAAGAUGUCAUCUUCAGUUCUUGAAACGUAUCUGUUUCUGGUCACGUCUCAUUCAGUCUCAGCUUGGAUGCACUCAAACAGCUUUAAAUAUUCUUGGUUUCGAAUAUGAGCCUUCUUUUCUGAUUCACAUGUUUUCUCCCGGUGUUUCUUUACUUUUGCAUAUUUCAGCUUUAGUUCUGAAUGUAUCAGACUGAGGAUAUCCCUAAAACUUCUUUGUAAAUGUUUUCUUUCUACUGUCCCCAAGCCCUUGCUGGAGGCAGUCCAGCUUCUUAUAUUGGGGCUUGGCAGGGGCGCUGAUGACGCGGGGGUCCAGCGCAUGCUGCUGCCACCGCUGCUGCGACCCCCGAUACUCUAUAAUUUUGAUACAUGCUGUAUUUUCUUUAAAUGACUAAGAUUAAAAGACUUGCGCUUUGUUGUGCGACCUGGCCAUCCUACUGUUGUACCCCCUUCUCUUCAGUAUGGUUUUAGCGUGCAGCUCAGUAAUUCAACUUCCGUCGUCUACGCAGUCAGUGCACAUACAUCUUUACUGUUUGAAGGGUGAGACAGCUGUUGAAGAGUCUUCAUGGACCUGAAGAUAAAUUUCUUGCGACGUUGAAUGCAAGUGUACUGUCAUUCGUAGUGUUUAUAUAAAAAUACCAGGAAUCUCCACUUUUGCUACCUUGAUAUGGCAUUGGGCUAUCAUGUUACAACAUUGAA